GUACCUUUUUCGUUGUUAUAUUUAGAGUUUUGAGUCCGAGCUCCGAGCUUAGCACGGGACUCGUGCCACUAGUCAUAUAUAUACAGCAAUUUUUUGCUCUCUUUCUUUUUCCCAAGCGUACUUGGGCACCAAAAAUUCACGUGUCCUUCCAUAAAGUUCUCCUUGUAUCCCAAUCACCAAAAAGGGGCGAAAAUUAUCGAGAAGCGAAUGUUUCAUUGUUGCUGUGCUGAGAAUGGAAGCUGAUGUUUCUAUUCCUUAAUCAGACAGAGUAGUAACAGGUUUCCUUUUUGUGGGGGUUUUUCUUGAGAAGUGUUUUUGGGUUUUAUGAGAUUUGGGAUGUGAUUAUGGAGUCAAAGAUGGUGAAUUGACACCUUUUUUUAUUUAUUUCUGGGCUUUUAGGUUUCUUGUUUUCUUGAUGAUAAUUGGCUGAAAGGGUUUUAUUAGAGAUGAUGAAUUUGUUGGUAUUUUGGUACCUGUGUGUUGUUUGUCUUUUGGGUUGUAGAGCACUUGGUAAUGUGGUUUUGAUAGGAAAGAACAACACUUUAUCCUUUGAAGACAUUGAAGCUAAUUUUGCUCCCUCAGUAAAGGGAUCAGGCAAAUGCGGGACACUGUAUGUGGCGGAGCCUUUAGAUGCCUGCACGACUUUGUCUAACAAGGUUGAACCAGUUAAAAAUAACACCCAUGAUCUAUUCUUACUGAUAAUAAGGGGUGGAUGUAGUUUUGAAGAUAAAGUCAGACAAGCCCAGGCCGCAGGUUUCAAGGCAGCCAUUAUAUACAACGAUGGAUACGGUGAUCUAGUUGCAAGAAUUUUCAUGCUGAGAGCUGAGGAACUAGGAGCCAACUAUAUCACUGACCCUUUUCCCUUUGAGAAACCGAAAGAGAGAACCAAGAAAUUGUCUGAAAGAAUGGCAGGAAACUCUGCUGGUGUGAAGAUACCUGCGGUGUUUGUUUCUAGAGCUUCGGGGGAAAGACUGAAAAAGCACUCUGCUGACAUUGAUGUUGAAGUAUGGAUAAUCCCAAGUUUCGAAAACUCUGCUUGGUCCAUCAUGGCCAUAUCAUUCAUUUCGUUACUUGCUAUGUCAGCAGUGCUUGCUACCUGCUUCUUUGUCCGUAGACAUCGGAUACGGAGAGAACGAACCCGGGCCACACGGGUUCAUGAAUUUCAUGGAAUGAGUAGUCGUUUGGUGAAAGCUAUGCCAAGCUUGAUAUUUACGUCAGUUUUGGAGGAUAAUUGUACAUCAGUAACAUGUGCAAUCUGUCUUGAAGACUAUAGUGUGGGAGACAAGCUUAGAAUUCUUCCUUGCCGUCACAAAUUUCAUGCUAUGUGCGUUGAUGCGUGGCUUACAUCAUGGAGAACGUUUUGCCCCGUCUGUAAACGUGAUGCAAGAACUAGCAAUGGUGAUCCACCAGCAUCAGAAUCUACACCAUUGCUUUCUUCUAGUCUAGCUUCUUUACCUUCGUUGUCAUCCCUAAGAUCGUCAUUAGCUUCAUCAUCAGCUAUACAAAUAGGCGAAGGAGCAUCCCGAUCCCCUUCAGUUUCUCGUCCUCAAUCAAUCUCUAGUACUCCUUAUAACCACCAGUCGCUUCAGUCCUACCGUCAGUCACCUCAUCUUACUAUAAGCCGCAGUUCACUUGACCUUCAAAAUGCGUCUUCCCAGAGAUUUUGUGCAUCUUAUUUGAUUUCCCCUCACUCAUUGGGCUAUCCUUCUUUUUCUCCUCUUAAUUCAAGAUACAUGUCACCAUAUAUUCCUAGUCCAGGAAAUGCUUCGUCGAGUUAUAUUGGCUCAUCAAGUCGGCAUCCCAACCCACUGCAGCAUAGUCAGUCAACCACUAGCUUUUCACCAUUUGCUUCAGCCCAGUCUCUUCCGGGAUGUGAGUGAUGAUCUGUUGAUUCUGGGUUCAAGUUUGUGCUACCCUGUUUACAAGGAUCAGUGUGGUUAGGUCAUAUUCACUUUAAAUCACACCUAAAGACAGUGCCAACGGCUUUGGAGACCAGCAGCUCUGGCACAUGGGCAGACGGAGGGAUAUGUCGGGAAGCCCUGGAUUUGUAUAUUAUUUGUGACACUAGUGUUUUAGAUUUGGUUUCUAUUCUGAGGUUUUUUACUAUUUUUGUUUUGAGAGUGUACAUGCGCAAAGCGAUGGGUGUUGAUGCUGUGUGCAGUACAUGUACUUGUUUUGCUUUAGUGCUAUUGGUGUUCCUAGCAGGCUCCAUUUGCUAGAUGGUUUAGGUUGUUUCGUUGAAACCUUUUGCUUUGGGCUCGAGCUUGUAUGUAUAUAUGGAUAAAUGACAGAUGACUAAGGCUGCUAUUUUGAAUGUUUGA